CCCAGCCACAUGACCACGUCAGAGUAGAAUCUUUGAGAACUUUUGCUGACUUACGUCAUGCGAGUUCCCCGAGAACAUAGUCGUAGGCGUACCUGGAUUAAUCGCUAAUCCAAGUCAAAUUUCCCAUUAUACAAAUGAAAACGCUGCAAUGCUCUCGAAUUACGGAGAGCCUUUUCAUUUUCAUAUGAUUGCAGGUCGUGGAUGGGGAAGCUUAAGGCUGAAGACCGCAGAAAUUCGAAAUCCUGCGAUGUCAACAUGACGACCAAGAUGUCGAAGAACGAUAACGAGCUCCACCGAAUAUCCGAAACUGGACAAGCCUACCAUCAAUUUACGCCAGCGACCUACCAAGACUCUGCUGGGCUACUGGAUCACGAACAACGCCAUUUUGAAGUAGGAAUGUCUCGUUGGACUAUCGGCGGUUACUUCAAUGACAAUGAAUACAUCAUGAAUCCCAGUCAUGACUGCGAGCUUGGAAACGAAAGCGAUAAUAUCGUGAUCAGUCCUUGGUCUACUCAACCUGUCAUCCCACACUUUUCUUUGACUAGCCCAAGCGGAAUGACGUCCCUUUUUGACGCUGGGACAACUUACGCUCCUACCUUUGGCGCCCUAACUCCGAGUUUAAUCACUGAAGCGGACUACUCGACUCACGCACAUAUACACAGCCACGAAGACGCCCACAUCGUUGAUCCACCAUUCGGGGAAGAUGUUUCCGUUUCCGCCAAAUUCAAGCACAUUGUGCAUCGCGGCAGAGUUCAUUGCGCUUGGACAGGAUGUGAAAAGACCUUCGGAAGGUUGCAAGAUCUUGUCCGUCACCACAACUCAGUUCACGAACUUACAACGCCUUUCUGGUGCCCGGUAUCAAGCUGCAGCCGUAGCGAGAGCUUUCCUCAUCACCGGCGCCCGUUUCCGAGGAAAGAUAAGCUCGACUCGCAUCUGAAGAAAGUGCAUCGCUUUGACUUCAGCCAUUCUGAGAUGUCAGUGGUUCAGGCUGAUCAGGCUGUGGGAGGUAAUGAAAGUGCUGAUGCAGAGUGGGCAACUGACAGCAGUGGCGUCAAUCCUUUCAUUCAACCUUACAGUGUGGGUGCGCUUCCGAACCUACAUGACUAUGCUUCGAUCGAUAGUUUCGACGACUUCCUCGUUCCUGCUGCCGGCCACGAAGUUCCCAACCUUGGUAGUGUGAGUACCGCUAAAUGGUUCGAUGGCAUCAAUAGCGUUAGCAGCUUCGAUAUGUUUUCCAACUCUGAUCAGACCAGCGUUGCGGACGUUUGUACUUCGACUGGACGACCUGAUGUUAUGUGCGACCCACAAAACAUCUUCGGUGAAGACAUGCUCUUUGCUGGUAAUGGUUAUGUAGGCUAAGCAUAUCUUUCGUAUUCUUGUUAUUGUAUUGAUCAGCAGUUAUAUAGCGACUUUCACUCUACGUACAAACAUAUACCAUGCAUCAGAGUUUUAACAUGUGAAAUUGCAAGUUUUUGACUUGAGAUGUAUGUGCGCUAAGUGACGAUAAGUG